AUGGAUCUUCGAUUCGACCUUUUGUCUGAAGGUCAACGGGUUCAAGGUCAGUCUCACAACAUCAACAAUAGGGACAAAUUGACUCCCCAGCCGCCAUCGUCAAAGGUCGUCAACCUUCACUUUCCAAGCACAGCUGGUGAUCACAGCAGUAAUAGCAGUAGCGUCAUCGUUUCUUCCGACCCCCAACAGAACCAGCAGAAUCGGAAGAGCUUCAGCGACUUCAGCAUUGUCACUAGUGACCUUUGGACAGUCGAGGUGCAUCGAUGUGUGUUGGGGCACUGCAGCUCUUAUUUUUACAGUCUUUUCAGCGGUGAUUUUGUCGAAAGUAAACUUAACCGAGUGCAUUUCACAGACUUGAGUCAUGAGGAAAUCGCGCCUCUUCUCAGAGAGGUUUACGGCCAGCAAGUCGAAACAACAGAGCAGAACAUUGACGAACUGUUGGUACUCGCAGACUAUUUCGGCAUUCGGACCCUCGUUAGUAAGCUGACAAAACGAAGAGCGGCCAUGACUACACCUAAGAAUGUCUUUAAAGUCUAUCAAUUUGCAAAUUAUUUCAACUUAUUCGAACUUAUCGAGUUUUGCAAGAAGUUUAUUUGUCAGUCUAUUAUUGAGUACUCUCACCGCGCAGAGUUUAGAGCCUUAAGCGACGCGGAUGUGGAAGAUCUCUUGAAUUUCCAGGAAAUUAAUUGUCAAAGUGAGAAAGAUCUUUUAGCUGUGAUUUGCAGAUGGGCAAGUCAAGAUUACAGCGGUCGCAUUACGCCGGCUUCUUGGCUGUUAUUUUCGCUUCGCUACAAGUACCCGAGACGUGAGAACUUUGAUAAAUGUUACUCGGAACAAUUGGCGGACUUCAAGAUUGGUUUCAAGAACCUGAUUGCCAAGUUUGACACCAUUGUGAAGGAUGUGCAGAAGAUAGUGAUGGAUCCGAGGCUGUGUGCCGUCCAGGAUACAAUAGACAAGAAGGUUGUGUCUGUGCUCAAGAGCCACAUGAGCUGCACUGAGCGUAGUCGCACAGUCCAAUGCAAGGCCAUGAAGAUAGUGAAUCGUGACAAGAAUAAGUGUGGCAAGUGUGGCGUGAACUCGUGUGUGAAGGAGUGCACGGUGCACUGGUGGGUGAGUGGAAGCGAGGAGGCGAUGGAGAGGGCCUGGUUCUCCCGCAUGUUGCAACCAAGGACAAUGAAUGAACUCAUAUUCGUAUUCGGAGGCUGGAGUGGAAAGGAACCCUCCAAUGUCAUACAAGUUUUGAAUCCGAUUACUUACCAAUGGACAAUUACGAAGCGGAAACUGCCCCAGAUGCGCAUCUAUUACGCGGCAGCCGCCAUUGACGGAAUCAUAUACAUCAUCGGAGGUUUCGACAACGAGUCUAGGGGCCUCAGAAGCACGUGGGCAUUCGAUCCCAUAAGUGAGAAGUGGACGGAGAAGGAGCCGAUGUUUGAGGCGAGGUGCUACGCCUCCUCUGUGGUCUAUGAUGGGAAGAUCAUAGUGAUGGGUGGAUACGAUGAACACAUAGACCACUCCUCCUACAACAUCGAGUACACCGGCAAGAGGUUCAAAUCCGUCGAAAUGUACUGUCCGGUGAAAGACAGAUGGACUCGAUGUUGUGACAUGAAUUACGUGAGGUCAGAUGCGGGUGCAGUGGUGUGUGAGGACUUCAUCUACUGCAUCGGGGGCUUCACGGGGGAGACCAUACACAACUCAGUCGAGGCCAUACAUCCAGGUGUGUUGCCGUAUAAGGAGGACUACAACAACUGGUUCAAAGUGAGCAGCAUGAAGAGCAGGCGCAGUGGGGUGUCCUGCGAGGUGUUCAAUGGCAUCAUAUACGCUGUCGGGGGCUACAAUGGGGAGAUACAGCUGGACUCCAUCGAACGGUACAUGCCGAAGUCGAAAGAGUGGCAGGAAAUAGCCAGGAUGACCAAUCCCAGAAGCAACAUGGGUCUGAUCGCCCUCAACAAUCGACUCAUUGUAGUCGGAGGGUAUGGCAACGACUACACCACCGACAAAUGCGAACUCCUAGACAUCGACGAGGGACUUCGGGGAUACCCGAUGGAAGACCUCCCGUCAUCUGAAGGCUGCAGUGGAAUCAAACUUGUAGUCGUAUCGGGUAUGUUCGAACUGGCCAACAAGUAUCUCUUCCCGACUGAAGCAGAACGGAAGACGAAUAACCGGCUAUUAACGGAGCGAGCACAGCUUGAGCUACAAGAGAAACUCGAGCGUGAGCGUGAGCAUGAGCGUGAACGUGAGCGUGAGCGUGAACGUAUUAUCGCUGCUAGUGCUGUUUACCCCUACGACAACCGGAACCGAAGAUCCAAUAUGUAG